AAGAUCACUCCAGGUGGGUCAUACUAGGGGUGUCCUAGUAAGAUCAUUCCAGGUGGGCCAUACUAUCAGUGUCCAGGAAAGAUCACUCCAGAUGGGCCAUACUACCAGUGUCCUAGUAAGAUCACUCCAGAUGGGCCAUACUAGAAGUGUCCAGGUAAGAUCACUCCAGGUGGGUCAUACUAGGAGUGUCUGGUAAAAUCUUUCCAGGUGAUCCUUACUACCAGUGUCCAGGUAAGAUGACUUCAAGGUGGAAUGGAUCAAGAAUUGAGACACUUAUGCAACAUAUGGGAAUGUUUAUUGAAGAAAAGUUUCGCCACACAGUGGCUUCAUCAGUCCAGUACAAAGUAGAAAUGGGUAAGGAGAGGAGGAGUUUGAGGUAAUCAGUCCCUCAGCCUGGAAUCGAUGUGUUCAGUCCAUCACUCUUGUAGGAAGUACAGCAUAGAGCCAGUGAGGUGGCUUAUAUACUGCAGUCAGGUGAGUCGAAGCAGGAGGAGGCGGGAUCAGAGUGGGACCUUCGACUCACCUGACUGCAAUAUAUAAGCCACCUCUCUGCCCUAUGUUGUACUUUCUACAAGAAUGAUGGACUGAGAGGCUGAUUACCUCAAACGUCUCCUCUCCUUACCCAUUUCUACUUUGCACUGAACUGGUGAAGCAACUUUUUAGAGAAGCGUUUCUUCAGUAAAGAUUCCCAUAUGUUGCAUAUGUGUCUCAAUUCUUUAACUUGUCGGUUUUCAAAACCAUUCAUCACACAUGGAAUGGAUCAACUGGAGCGAUCUUACUUGGACACUGGUAGUAUGGCCCACCUGAAGCGAUCUUACGUGGACACUGGAAAUAUGGCUUACCUGGAGUGAUCUUACCUGGACACUGGAAACAUAGCCCACCUGGAGUGAUUUUACCAGGACACGGUGUCCCGUAGCUCGAUUGACAGCGCACUCCGCUCACUGCGAUCUUUCUCUGCAUAUAUAUACCCGCUUGUUUUUGCGUGCAGUGAUAAAAAAAUAAGCAUGUGAGGUUAGUGAGCUGCUAAAGACUAGAACUUACCGUCACUGUAUAUAUUGAUUGUUAUUGUUUAUGGAAAAGGAUAAUUAAGUAAAGAAAAAUUAGACAAUGGAGGCAACUGCUGCUGGUGCUGCUGGUGCUGCAUAACUACAUUGUCAAGUGGUCUGUUUAUCAGUGAAGAUGAAGUCUGAGGAGAAAGAUUCAACAUUACUGUUGUCUUCACAAAGUGACAACAUCUACAUCUUCCCAGACGCCCACGAAACUCAUUCCUUUCUGUUCAAUGUCUACGUCAACCCGACCAAAAUACUACUGUUUCUGGGUGGCAACAUUUUAUGUUUGUUGGUUGCUAUCUGCUUCCUCGCUGUUUACCGUUCAGCCGAACGUGGUCGGCAGAAUGGAGAGGAGGAGGAAACUGAGCCCAGGAAGAUAUUGACUCCGCCUGGAGGCUGGCUGAGACCAGUGAGCAACACAGAGAUGUUUGCAGCAUCAGCAGCAUUUCUGGGCACCGGCAGCACUGCUACGGUGUUAUGGCUUUCCUCACUACAAUCAAUCAGACCUGAAGACGUUAAACAAGCUCUUUCUAUCAUCGCUCAGAGGAUACAUGUUCUGCAACUUUGCGUUGCUUGGCGCUGGUUUCGCCCAUGGUUACGACGGAUGAAGAACGUUGUUGUAGACUUCAGCGUUGACACGGGCGACGCAAUAUCGGUAUACUACCAGCAGAUGCGAACUCCCUACAACAUUUCUCAGGGACCACUGUGGAGGGCGAGGUUGGUUCCCCAGCCACAGGCAGCUGCUGGCAGCCACCAGGCCGUCCUGGUGCUCGCCAUCCAUCACGUCAUCACUGACGGCUUCACCAAUAUGAUCAUCUCCCGUGACUUUAUGGAGGUUCUGAACGCCAUUAUGACUGGACGGAGCUACAACACGCCCACACGCUAUAACAUUCCAGCCAUUACUAAUGAUCUGCUCAGUAUGAGAAACUAUAUUUACUGCUUUAAAGAAGUGUUGUUAACUACAUAUAAAUCAAUAGCUAGAAUGUUUAUUUUUUCUCACCCAGAAACAAAAGUAGCAUUUACGAAAGUAUUAUAUAAAGACUUCUCAGCAGAGACGACACAAGAGCUUUUGCGUCACUGCAAGGAAGCAAAUGUAAGUAUACAUUCGAGUAUUGUGGCUGCAGCUUACUUAGCUCUUUUACGCACCGCUCAGAAACACUUGAAGGUAAAAAAAGACUCACUGAGUAUUACUUAUGAUGAUUCUGUAAACAUGCGUCGCUUCUUUCCUAGUAUUUACAAGGAGUCUGUUGGUUUCAUGUAUCUUUUUGUAGGUUAGAACACACUGUGUGCAGUAGCGACGCAGAGAGCAAGAAGAACUUUUGGAAGCUAGCAAGGAGCAUUCAUUGUGGCCUCCAUCACUUUCUUGAUGCCAACAAAGCACCUCUUCUGGCCUCUCCUGUCAGUUGGAUAUUAGCUGUUCUCGAACAAGCUAAUUACGUGCUCACUCGCCUGGGGUACAAAAAUGCAAUUAUUACUAACAUGACGAUCUCUAACAUGGGUAACCUGAAACACCUCUUGCCUGGUCAGUAUGGGGAUGGACCCGUGGCGAUUAGCAGUCUGCUUCGAUCGGUGGCAUGCGAAUUCCUAGGGUGUCCUUUUUUGCUCAAUUUCCAUACCUUAGAUGGACGCUUUUCUAUGUCACUAGACUGUUACAUCAAUAAUGUCGCUGAAGAUUUUGCCAAUAAUUUCUUUUCAUAUUUAACUAAUUAUGUUGCUGAUAUAUCUCAGUGUGGCACCAUCAGUUGUUUAUAAAGUACAAAUGUUGACAUACGAGCAUUCUGACAUAUUUACAUGAAUUUCUGUCGUCGUGUUGAGGGAAAAGUAUACCCUGUAAUUGUUAAACUUAACUUCCUAACAUUCCUGAGUUGUACCUCUACACCUUGGGGAACAGAUACACCUCAACACCCUCAGGACUCGAGAGAUCCAGGCGCUUUAGCUCAACACCUUUAAGAGGUCCAAGCGUUUUUAUGUCAUCGUCCACCAGAGGUUCACAAACAUUAGCUCGAUGACCUCAAGAGGACCAUGGGCCGUAGCUCAACACCUUCAGGAACCCCAGUUGUACCUCAGUAUAAACCUAAGGUCCAGGAGCUGUAACUCAACACUUUCAAAAAGCUCAAGAGACAGAAUUCAACCCUCUCAAAAAGAAAAAAAAAAUUGGAGUAAAUAAACGAGGUAUUGUGGUAUUUAACUGAGUGAUUUACUAGUAGUAAGAAAACACAGCUCAGUCUUCAUUAAAGGAGUCGUAGCUUCACAACAAUGUGACUUUUCUGAAUAAAGUUUUAAAUUAC